GACAGAAAAUGUAACAUAGCCUCAUGUUCUUUCCUAAAACCCCAGAAAUAGUAUUACAACUCUUUUCUAUAUUAACCCCAUCGAUCUUUCGAUUCAUUUGUUCUAAGCAUUGUGUAUACCAAACACGAAAAGAUCCCUUCCCCCUAAAAAAAAAAUAAAAAAAUUCAGAGCUAGAAGGGGCCUCAUAGUUAUAGCCACAGUUAUAGGCCCCAUCUGCUCCAUUUUUAACAUGUGUAGAAAAUCAUAUUAGAAAAGUAGGAAAAAAUACUUGAGCAAAGAUACCUUUUUCGACCUUUAGAAUUUUUGUGAAUAUAUAGGAAACAGAAAAAAUGGGUUCUGAUGGUGACAAGAAGAAGAAAUUCAUCGUCGCCGGUAGUGUCUCCGGUUUUCUAGUCAUCAUGGUUGUCUCUGUAGCCGUUGUAACGUCUAAACACUCUCCCAAAGACGAUGAAAAUCAUAUCAGAAAAACCACCAAAGCGGUUCAAGCAGUUUGUGCACCCACUGACUUCAAAGACACUUGUGUUAACAGCUUAAUGGGUGCUUCUCCCGAUUCCGAUGACCCUGUCGACCUCAUCAAACUCGGCUUCAAGGUCACUAUCAAAUCCAUCAACGAAAGCCUGGAAAAGGCCUCUGGAGAUAUCAAAGCCAAGGCUGACAAGAACCCAGAAGCAAAGGGUGCUUUCGAGCUGUGUGAGAAGCUGAUGAUUGAUGCUAUCGAUGACUUGAAGAAGUGUAUGGAUCAUGGAUUCUCGGUUGAUCAGAUCGAGGUCUUUGUUGAGGAUCUACGGGUUUGGCUAAGUGGCUCCAUCGCAUUCCAGCAAACAUGUAUGGAUUCCUUUGGGGAAAUUAAGUCUAAUCUUAUGCAAGACAUGCUCAAGAUCUUCAAAACAUCAAGAGAGCUUAGUAGCAAUAGCCUUGCCAUGGUUACUAGAAUCUCCACUCUUAUCCCAAACUCCAACCUUACAGGACUAACCGGAGCUUUAGCAAAGUACGCGAGAAAGCUUCUGUCUACAGAAGAUAGUAUCCCAACUUGGGUUGGACCAGAGGCACGACGGCUCAUGGCAGCUCAAGGAGGAGGACCUGGACCUGUGAAGGCUAAUGCCGUGGUGGCUCAAGACGGAACUGGACAGUUCAAGACUAUCACCGAUGCUCUAAAUGCUGUGCCUAAAGGCAACAAAGUGCCAUUCAUCAUUCACAUCAAAGAAGGUAUCUACAAGGAGAAAGUUACGGUCACCAAGAAAAUGCCUCACGUAACUUUCAUCGGCGAUGGGCCAAACAAGACUCUAAUCACCGGUAGUCUCAAUUUCGGUAUCGGCAAGGUCAAGACCUUCCUAACAGCCACAAUCACAAUCGAAGGCGACCACUUCACAGCGAAGAACAUCGGAAUCGAGAACACAGCUGGACCAGAAGGAGGACAAGCGGUGGCGUUAAGAGUCUCGGCUGAUUACGCCGUAUUCCACAGCUGUCAAAUCGACGGGCACCAAGACACGUUAUACGUUCACUCUCACCGGCAAUUCUACCGUGACUGCACAGUCUCGGGCACCGUCGAUUUCAUCUUCGGAGACGCGAAAUGCAUCCUCCAGAACUGUAAAAUCGUCGUCCGAAAACCUAACAAAGGUCAAACGUGUAUGGUUACAGCUCAGGGACGAAGUAACGUCCGUGAAUCGACAGGAUUGGUGCUCCAUGGCUGCCAUAUAACGGGAGAUCCAGCGUAUAUUCCGAUGAAAUCUGUGAAUAAAGCUUACUUAGGAAGACCGUGGAAGGAGUUCUCGAGGACAAUCAUUAUGAAAACGACGAUCGAUGACGUCAUCGAUCCGGCGGGAUGGCUUCCCUGGAGUGGAGAUUUUGCGCUCAAGACGCUAUACUACGCCGAGCAUAUGAAUACUGGGCCUGGAUCGAAUCAGGCCCAAAGAGUUAAAUGGCCCGGAAUUAAGAAACUAACGCCCCAAGAUGCUCUUUUAUACACUGGCGACAGAUUCUUACGUGGCGAUACGUGGAUCCCACAAACACAAGUUCCGUAUACAGCUAAAGUGUAGGAGAUUCCAAAUUUUGUAAAUUGAUUUAAUUUGUAAAUGUUUUAAAACUAAAAACUGUUUGAAGAAUGAUUAAUUGAUUAUGUCAUAGUGUGGAAGCUGAUCAAAACCCUGAUUAUAUAGAAUAGAAAAGGCCUAUCGAUAUCUCAAUGUUACACGAAUAAGGCACUUAUUACGAUUACUUAUAAUAUCUGAAUGCCUUUUAAUUGGAUAAUAUAAAUAAAUACUGACGAGUUUUUA